GCAGUCAUACUCAGGUCCAGAAUAUUUCACUGUCUUCUUCUGUUAUUCUCUUUCUUUAAUUCUCUGUAAUUAAUCAUUUAUUGGGAUCUUUCGAUUCUUCCUUCAGAAUGUGUCCAAUGGUCUGUCUUUAUUCUCUGGUUCCCAUUACCCUUUUAUACCUGAUCUAUAGUAACUACCCCAGGUUUCAUUAAUUUGACUCUGAAUUCUUUCUUUCCUAAUGCAGGCUAAUUUUCCAGGAAUAACCUUUAUAGAGAAAUAUUUUUAAAAUGCUCAUUUAAUCACGAUAGCCCUGUUCUCAAAAACCUUCAGUGACUCUCCUUAAUGGAUCAAACCGUAUGCAUUCUUCAGGUGGAUAUUUGAGGCUAUUGCUAGCUCUAUUUAGCGUUUUCAGCAUAAACUCUCUAUUUAGGUUCUUUCUUAACUGCCAUGUAAGUAAGACACUUUACUCCUCCAAGCCUUUACCCCUGCUUUAAAUCAUUUAGUCAGUAUUUACUAAAGCUCUACAGUGAGUUCAGUUUUUAUUAGAUUCCUUAGAAGAGAGAGAAGUAUAUUUGUAAUACAUUGCCCUCAAGAAGUACAUCUAAAAGAUUUAAUAGUAAAUAAGUAAAAAAAUGUGUGGUGCAGGCACUGGAAUAAAACAGGGAGUAUUGGGGAAAGGAAGAGUGCACCUAAAUUUUAAAGAAGGUUUUGGAAAUGGCAUGUCUUAGGUGGUUUGGUAGAGAAAGCUAAUCUUGCUUCAUUGGGAAGGAAUGGUAAAAAGAGAUGGGCAAGAGAGUUAUUUCAUAAGAGGAUAUGUAGUAUUUGAUAACACCUAUUUGCCAUCUCUUACAUAUCUCUUUAAGGUUUAGCUCAUCUUACUUCCUCUGUGUGGCUUCCCCUAACCACUCUAACAUAAGUACAUCAGUACAUACCCUCUUUUCUGAGUUUUGAUAUCACUUAUCUUUAAUAAUUUUGGCACAAAAUAUGUCCCUACUUUGAUUAUAAUCCCUUAUAGAGCUGAGGCCCUUUUUUAGGUCCUUAUGUGCAUGUUAAAUACGUUAUUCAAUUCCUAUAUUGUGGAUUUGUUUGCAUUCUGAAAAGUCUUUCAACUUUUUCAGCUGCACAGACAGGUAAAUGGGUUUGGAUUCAGUAUGUUCAGACCAUAGAUUGCCCAGAGAUGUGUGUGUGUGUGUAUUUUUACAAAUGCCUUUAUUUACUUAACAGAUUAAUCAUUUUCCAGACGAUGUAGAAGAUAAAAGAUGAGAAAGACAUGAUUCUUACAUUUGACAACUUCAUAGUCUAAUGCAGAGAAUAAUCCAAGUAAUAUCUCCCAGCUGUAAUGAUGACAUCACAGUGAAAAAAGACCAGUGUUUGGUUCGAUCAUUUACUGAUUCCAAAUUUUACUCAAUAGCAAGAAAGGACAUCAAGGAAGUAGACAUUUUCAAUCUACCCGAAUCUGACCUCUCUGCGAAACCAGAGCUGCAGAAAGCAAGUAUCUUCAUAAAAACAAGAGUUGUUCCUGAUAAUUGGAAAAUGGAUAUAAGUGAAAUCCUUGAGUCAUCCAGUAGUGAUGAUGAAGCUGGCCCAGCUGAAGAAAAUGAUGAAGAGAAGGAAAAAGAGGCUAAAAAGGAAGAAGAAGAGGUGCCUGAGGAAGAACUUGAUCCUGAAGAGAGGGACAACUUCCUCCAACAGCUUUAUAAGUUUAUGGAAGACAGAGGUACUCCAAUCAACAAACCACCUGUUUUGGGCUAUAAAGAUCUCAAUCUCUUCAAACUCUUCCGACUGGUUUAUCAUCAGGGUGGAUGUGACAAUAUUGAUAGUGGUGCUGUAUGGAAGCAAAUUUAUAUGGACCUUGGCAUUCCCAUUUUGAAUUCAGCUGCUUCCUACAAUGUAAAAACUGCUUAUAGAAAGUAUCUCUAUGGUUUUGAAGAGUACUGCCGUUCAGCAAAUAUUCAAUUCAGAACUAUUCACCACCAUGAACCAAAAGUAAAAGAAGAAAAAAAAGACUUAGAAGAAUCAAUGGAAGAGGCUUUAAAAGUAGAUCAAGAAAUGCCUCUAGUAGAAGUAAAGAGUGAACCUGAUGAAAAUAUUGAUUCAAACAGUGAAAGUGAAAGAGAAGAAACAGAAUUAAAAUCUCCAAGGGGACGAAGGAGAAUUGCUCGAGAUGCAAAUUCUAUUAAAAAGGAAAUUGAAGAGGAGAAAACAGAAGACAAACUAAAAGAUGACGAUACAGAAAAUAGGGAUGUAGAUGAUGACUAUGAAACUGCAGAGAAAAAAGAAAAUGAGCUCCUCCUGGGGAGAAAAAAUACACCAAAGCAAAAAGAGAAGAAGAUUAAAAAGCAGGAGGAUUCUGACAAAGACUCAGAUGAAGAGGAAGAGAAAAGCCAAGAGAGGGAAGAAACUGAAAGCAAAUGUGAUUCUGAAGGGGAGGAAGAUGAGGAAGACAUGGAACCCUGCUUAACAGGAACCAAAGUAAAAGUAAAAUAUGGACGAGGAAAAACGCAGAAAAUUUAUGAAGCCAGUAUUAAAAGCACUGAAAUUGAUGAUGGAGAAGUUUUAUACUUGGUACAUUACUAUGGAUGGAAUGUCAGGUAUGAUGAGUGGGUGAAAGCUGAUAGGAUAAUCUGGCCUUUGGACAAAGGUGGACCAAAGAAAAAACAGAAGAAAAAAGCUAAAAAUAAAGAAGAUGAUGAAAAGAGGGAUGAGGAGAGACAGAAGUCAAAACGUGGACGACCUCCUUUAAAAUCUGCCCUUUCACCGAACAUGCCAUAUGGUUUGUCUAAGACACCAAACAGCGAAGGAAAAUCAGACUCUUGUUCAUCUGAUAGUGAAACAGAAGACCCUUUAGAAAAGAAUUUGAUGAAUGAAGAACUUUCUCCUGAUAUAAAAGAAGAAUUAGAAAAAAAUGAAAAUUUAAAUGAUGAUAAACUAGAUGAAGAAAAUCCAAAGAUUGCACAUCUAUUAAAAGAAAAUGAUAGGACUCAAUUGCAGCCUUUAGAAACCCUGAAGUUAGAAGUUGGAGAGAAUGAACAAAUUGUACAAAUUUUUGGAAACAAAGUUGAACAAGUAGAAGAAGUUAAGAAAGAAGCAGAAAAAUCUCCUAAAGGAAAAGGAAGAAGAAACAAAACAAAAGAUCUUUCUUUAGAAAUUAUAAAGAUUUCAUCAUUUAGCCAGGAUGAAGCAGGAAGUGAACCUCAUGUAGAAACUCAGAGUCUUGAAUUUCCUUCAUUAGGUAGGAAAGACUUUUCUUCUACCACUGCAGAUGAAACUGACCAAUGUGCAAAAGAAAAAAAGUUGAAACGGAAAAUACUAGGGCAGUCAUCACCAGAGAAGAAAACAAGAAUUGAGAAUGGAAUGGACAUGACAAAUAAUGUAUCUCAAGAAAGGACCAGUGAUUGUAUUGGAUCUGAGGGAAAGAAAAAUUUAAAUUUUGAACAGCACUUCGAAACAGAAAAUGAGGGAAUGCCAUCAUUAAUAGCAGAGUCAAACCAAUGCAUUCAAGAAUUGACUAGUGAAAAAUUUGAUAGUCCAGCUGAAGAAACUGUAAAUACUCCACUGAAAGAAGAAGAGGAUACAAUGCCUCUGAUUGGGCCUGAAACUUUGGUUUGUCAUGAGGUAGAUUUGGACGAUUUAGAUGAAAAGGAUAAGACCAGUUUUGAUGAUGUAGUGGUAGAAAGCUCUGAGUCUAAUUCUCUUGUUUCAAUCCCACCUGCCCUACCUCCUGUAGUACUUCAUAACAUUUCAGUAUCUUCACCACUUACUCUCAGUCAAGAUGAAUCUCGAAGUAUAAAAAGUGAGAGUGACAUAACGAUUGAAGUUGAUAGUAUUGCUGAAGAGUCUCAAGAAGGUCUCUGUGAGAGGGAAUCAGCAAAUGGUUUUGAAGCCAGCAUUGCUUCGAGUGCAUGUAGUAUAAUUGUACAAGAAAGAGAGACCAGAGAAAAGGGUCAGAAAAGGCCAAGUGAUGGAAAUGGUGGAUUGUUGGCAAAAAAGCAAAAGCGUACCCCAAAGCGAACGAGUACUGUAGCCAAAAAUGAAAAGAAUGGAACAGGACAAAGCAGUGAUAGUGAAGAUCUUCCUGUCCUAGACAAUUCAAGUAAAUGUACUCCAAUAAAGCAUCUUAGUGUAUCUAAGCCACAGAAGCUUGCACGAUCUCCUGCAAGAAUAUCCCCCCACAUCAAAGAUGGAGAAAAAGAUAAACACCGAGAAAAACACCCAAAUUCAUCCCCUAGGACGUAUAAGUGGAGCUUUCAACUCAAUGAAUUAGAUAAUAUGAACAGUACAGAAAGAAUCUCUUUUCUCCAAGAAAAACUACAGGAAAUCAGAAAAUAUUACAUGUCUUUGAAGUCUGAAGUUGCAACAAUAGACAGGAGGAGAAAACGAUUAAAAAAGAAAGACAGAGAAGUGUCUCAUGCAGGAGCCUCCAUGUCAUCUGCUUCAUCAGACACUGGAAUGAGUCCCUCAUCAUCAUCUCCCCCACAAAAUGUACUUGCUGUAGAAUGCAGGUGAUAAAUGUUUUCUCUGCCUUCCCAGCAGUUUGCUGCCAUGGACAUAAAUUCCAAAUCCCUGAAAUACAACCACAGAAAACACUCAGUUGUUUGACAUUGCCAAGUACAUCCUGUAUACUUUUCCAGGCUGGAUUAUAUCUAUUCCUUUUUCUUUUCUUUCUUCCUGUUGCAAAAAAUAAGCUGAUUAAUAAUUGAAGGUUAGGCAGCCUGCCAUUUUGUCAUAAUUUUUCCCUUUUUUUUUUUUCAUUUUUUUGUGAAUAUAGUAAAAGGGCACUUAGUAAAUUUGAAAUUGUAUAUUAAAGCUUUCAGGUGUUAUAGAAAUCAUAGACAAGCAGGUGCACAUGAUAAACAUCAAAAUAUUAUCCAGCUGAAUAGUUAUUGCUGCACUUUCACUAAGAUGUAUUUGAACACUUGGUGAGUAGGGGGUUUAUUUUGUGUUUUAUUUUUGUUGUUGUUUUUUAUUUUUGUGGAAGCACUUGCUAUUUAGAACUGCCAAAGUAUUUGUUUAGCAGUGUGCCCAAUUUUAAAGAUGUAAAUGGGACAAAAUAAAUUGUGAAAGGAAGUGUAGUUGACUGAAAACUACAGUUGUAAUAAGUCUUCCACUUUUUAUAGGAUUUUUGAGCACACAAUUAUGCAAAUAUUUUAAUGUUUAUUAAUGUUUACAGUGGAAUUGUGAAUAAGUUUUCAGUGGACUAUCUUAUCCCUUGACAAAAAUAUUUUGUCUUUUUUCUAUGUAAUUUCAGAGUUUUUAUUUUGUUACAAAAAGACAAAAAUGAAAUAUAUAACAACAAUGAAGUUAUUUAACAAAAUUUCUAAAGCUGAAAAUUUUGUGUAAAAUAAGGUAUUAUCUUGCAACUUGUUAAAUAUAUUUAUUCAGACAUUGGAUGUUGUAUUUUUAUGUAUUUUUAAAAAUAUUAAUAAAACUGAAAAAAACAAAAUUCUAGGUUAAUUCACUCUUUGGAUGACAGUAGCUCUCAGCUGUCCCUUUUACAGGAGGUUGUGUCCAGCAGCCUUCCCUGGAUUGAAGGGGGCUUGUCUCAGUCCUUCAGACAGUUUAGAACUAUAAAUGGGCAUCUGGAUCAUUAAAGCAUGUCCUCCUUUAGAAACUUUGGCAGUCCUAGUGUUUAAACUGUUCUGAGGAUCAAAUUUUUGGUUGCCCUUAAGAUACUUUGUCACAGUUUUUAUGUUUGCUAUACUGCCGAAUAAAUUUAUAUCUCCCAAAGUUGAGAUGCAACAACUAAGUAAAGCAACUAUGUGUGCUUUGUCUGUGAAUUGUCCCACAGACUGAUACAUUUUGUAAAUAAUUCUUCCAAAAUCAUGUAUUUAAAGCAGUUUUGCAUAUACAUUAUGUAAAAAGGUGAUUUUUUAAAAUCAAUUUUUAAAUUCAUGUUUGUACAUUGAAAGGGGUUUUUUAAACCUCUUUUUCUGUCUUUAAUAUGCUGUAGAUUAAAAACCUAGAUGCUCUAGACUGUAUAUCAGGAUCUGAUUUACAAGAACAAAGCCAGAGCUAAACACUGGUGAUGGCAUAGCUUACUGAAAUCAUUGUUUCUUAAUUUUAUUUUAGCACAUUGUGAACUUGUGAUUCAGAUUCCUUCCAUUUUUGCAGAGAAUUAAAAUCAAAAAAGUACUCUUGUAAAAUGCACUUUUCUGUCUUUUCUUUGCAAAGCAGAAGUGUUAACAAUGUAAAAUAAAAAUGGAGCUCAGCAGAUAGUAUUAAUAAAGGCCAUGUUUUAAACAUAGGCUUUAUAUUUUUAGUUUUCAUUUAAGUGAUUGUUUUUGUCUUAAGUGCCAGUAACUUAUAGUUGGAAAACCAGAUUUCAUGAGACAACAUUUCAGUGUAUUCUUCAGUCUUUAUUUAAAUAAAAAAUAAAAUAUUUACAGUUUUUAAUUAUAAAAAUGGAAUGAAAUGUGUCAUUUGAAUCCAGUUGGAACUAGCAGGCAAGCUUAGAUUCAUAUAUUUGAUAUUUUAAUGAUUUAUUUCAGUAACAAGUCAAUAAAUUUGGGAUAACUGUCACCUUGACUAUUGUCCCUCCUGAUUGAUAUAAUAAAUUUGAGAAUGAAGUAUUGAGCUCUUGCUACAGGGAGCUAAAAUUAUAUAUUCAUUGAAUAGAAAUAUAAGCACUGUUAAAAUCCUUUUAUUUUUGUAGCUGGUAAGAUUAUGAAAUUAAGUGAAUAUGGUCUAGCUAUUACAAUUUAAAUAUUAGUCAUAAAGGGUGUACAUUUUCAUAAAACAAGUAUUUUGAGUUUAGUAAGUAAUUUUGAGUUUAGUAAGUAAAUAUUUUGAAACGAUAGCUCUUGCAUGUGAUCAAGAAAAUUAAAAGUAUAAAGAUAGUCUUUAAUAUGUGCUGUCUAAAAUGGAAGGUGCUAUCUAUGAAAUUAAGUUAUUUAAAGAUUAUGGAGUUUUCUCUUUUAGUUUUUCAGAUGUGCUUGUAUUGUUUGUUUUGUAUUAAAUUUCUGGUUUUCCUUUUCCUUCACUAAGAAAGAAUGUUUGUACUCAGCACUUUUUAAAGACUAAUGCAUACUAUGUCUUCUAUGAAACUGCUCUAAAUUAUGGAAAUCUAUACAGAUUAAGCUAUGUAAUUUAAUGUGAUUGUCAACAUUGUGAAAGCAUUCAGAUGUGUAUUGAACCAUACAUACAACCUAUUGCCAGGAUUCAUUCAUAAACAAUUUAUUGAAUAUAUUCUAUGUGACAGGCAUUAUACUAAGGCCAAGGAGUCACAACUGUGAACAAAACAGAACGAGUCUUUGUCUUCUGCCUUCAUGGAAUGUAUAACCCAAUGAGGUAGAUGUUGAACAGUUUUUAAGCAGUUCUUAAUACUGCAUGUGUGUGAUAAGCAUAUGAAACUAUGGUGUGUCAUGAGAUGAUACAGAGCACAGCUAGUUGGAAGGCAAAGGUGGUCUGGGAAGGCUUUGCAGAGAAAGUGACAGAUUGAACCCCAGGACAAAUUAGGAAUUAGCUAGGCAAAUGGAAGGAAAGCAAAGGAGGGUAUAGUGUUCUAAGGAUGUGGUGGGGGGAGGCGGGGCAGAGAUUGGUGAAAAUGAGCAGGGCAAAAGUAGACAUGAGGCAGGAGCCAGGUCAAGCAGGUUGAUUCCUGCAUUGCCCAAACCAUGCACCUGUCCACCUCUGCCUUUUGUUCCUUCUGUUUCUUCCACCACUCUUCUUCCUGCUUGUCCAGAGCUAUCUCAAAAGCUACUUUCCCAUGAAGCUUUUGCUGACUUGUAACCACCAACAGAAUAUUGCCCUCUUUUAUGUUCCCAUAGCAUUUUUCUUCAAUCUAUUAUUAUUUUAUUUGACAACUUAUCCUGCAGUGUGUUUACCUGUGCAUUAUCUUUCUACCCUACAGAGGAUUACUUAAGUGCUCCUUGGUCAUAGGUGUAUCCCAUGAAGUGCCUCAUCCAGUAUCAAACACAUAGUAGUCAAAAAUGGUGUUUGAGAAAAAUUACUUUUGAAUUGCUACUGUAUGUUUUUUAUGAGUGAUCCUCAGGUACAAAGCUAAACAUUUAAGAGAAGUCUUCCUGGAGUUCUUUUCACAAGUGAUAAGAUUAAAGUAUCAUUUGAAAAUUGUAAAAUAGAUUUAACAGUAUAAUCCCCAACUUAAAAUAUUCUUAAGCCAAUGAAUUAUUCUUCCUUCUCUCCCUGUUUCUUCUUCCUCUCCCAUUAUUUCAUGAGGUUACACACAGAUUUUAUCUCAUUACAGGAAAAGAAGAAUAUGUUAUGGCAUUCUUUAUUAGUAAAGUUUGAGUGAUUCUUAGAACACUGUCUGCACUAAAGAGAAAUUUCUAACAAAUACGUGCUUAGUGUUUUCCCAGAGUAGGAAGGUAGUUUUUUAUCCUUUAAAUUUUAUUAUAAAAUCAAAUGAUGUUUUUCAUGUUGAGAAGCACAAAAAAAUUUUAUUCAUGUAGACCCAUUAUGUAUCUUUUUCAACAGAGUAAGAAGGGCAUUGUUUGUAAUUUUGAUAUCUGUCAUUAACAUAAUUAUGAAGCUGUUUUCAUUUUGUAGUCUGUAUCAUGCAGAAUUCAAUUUGAAAAGUUCUAUUUUGAAAAGCCCAUGGAACUUCCAUUGAAAUAUAAUAAAUGAUUGUUCUGCUCAAGUAAUUGAAUUUCUUCUCAAGGCUAAGUUAAAUCGAACAAGAUAAUCUAAUUCAAAAGUCUUGCCAGUUUAGGAUUGCCAGAUUUAGCAAAUACAGAUACAGGACAUCCAUUUAAAUUUGAAUUUCAGAUAAAUAAUAAUGUUAGUAUAACUGUGUCCUAUGCAAAAAUUAUUCAUUGUUUAUCUGAAAUUCAAAUUUAAUUGGCCAUCCUGCAUUUUAUAUGACUACAGUAAUUUCUCUUCUGCCGUAUUCCAAGGCAUAUAUUUAUUGUCCUCCAAAGAACCUUUUCUUGGUCACUGAUGGAGGAUUUAAAACUGCUGAAGAUUCUCCUGGUUUCCAAGGAUAAAUGUCCCUGGGGAAUCUGUAAGUUAUUUUUAGAAUUAAUCAUAUCCUUGAUGUAGUCAUCAUCUCCAGGAUUUGCCCUAUAAUAUAAUAGCUAAGCUUUUACAAGAUAAUUGUGAAUGCACUCCGAUUUUUCUGGGAGUGAUCUUUGCUGAGGCGAGCAUAUUUCUCAUCAAUGCAAACUGCCCUCAGAAGUUCUCAACUUUCAUUUCUAUCCAUACCUGCUAACCAAAUCUGAUUGCAUUAAAAUUAAAAACUUGUAUAUGAGCCACUAUAAAUAUUCAUAUUUUUUUUUUUGUGAGCUUAUGUUUUCAUUUCUGUCGGGUAAAUACCUAGGAGUGAGACUGCUGAAUUGUAAAGCUAUACCAUUUUGCAUUUCUGUCUGCAAUAUACAAGAAUUCCAGUUGCACUGCAUCCUCAUCUUCAUUUUAUAUUGUCAGUUUGUAUUUUUUUUAGCCAUUCUAAUAAGUAUGAAGUGAUAUUCUACCAUGGUUUAAUUUGCAUUUCCUCCAUGACUAAUGAUGUCAUGCAUUGAAUUUUUAAUAUCUAGCCGUCUCCAGAGUUAGUGUGUAGAGAAAUGGGAACUUCUAUACACUGCUAGUGCAAGUGUAAAUUAAUAUAUCUAGUGAAGAUGAGUUUACCCUUUGGCCCAACAGUUCCGUAUAACCUGGAGAAAAUCUAUGUAUACUAGUAUGCUAGACUACUACUUACAGCAUGGUUUGUGCUGGCCAAAAAAAGGGGGAAACACCUUAAAUUCAACAGAAUGAUGGAUAAAUAAAUUGUGGUCUAGUAAAUAAAUGUAAUACUGUAGAGCAGUUAAAAUGAAUGAACUAGAGCUAAAUGUAUAAACAUGAAUCUCAAAAAUAAACAAGUGAAAACAGCAAGUUGCCAAAUGAUCCAUACAAUACAAUACCAUUUCUACAAAAUUUGAAAAUGCAAAACAAUGCAACAUAUUGGUUUUGUUUAUGUAAUUGUAAGUAUAAAAACAUGAGUGGGAAUGAUAAACACUAAGUUCAGGAUAAUGAUUCUCUUUGGAGGAAAUGGGAAAGAUUGAGGAAGGAUAUACAAAGGGGCAUUUAUUCUGUUCAAAAGAAUCUGAAGCAAAUAUGACAAAAUGCUAAGAUUUGAUAAACUGAGUGUUGAUCAUAUUAUUCUCUAUCCUUUACUGUGUUAGAAAUAUUUCAUAAUUAAAAAACACCCAAUGAACUCUUUCAUAAUAAGGUGAAAAUAAUCGGUAGUAUUACCCUAUCAGUUGAUCAGUGUCCAUUCAUAUUAUCUCAACCCUAUGAAAGAAGUAGUAUUUUGUUUUGAUACAUGAAAAACAUUCCAUGGUCAAGGGAGUAGUAAGUGGCAGAAUUAGGACUCAAACCUGUUAUUUAUGAUUCCCAAGUUCAAUGUGUGUUCGAUUACAUCUGUGCUGUCUUAAGAAGCUUCUGCUUCCUUGGAGCAGUGUUUAUAUUUUGACCAAAGACUGAAUCUCUCAUCCAGAACCUUUUAUGAGUCAGAGUGCUGGUGAGUACCAAAUUUUGAGGAGAAAGAGAAAUCAUCAGUUUUAUCUUUUCAUCCAUCGUCACUUUCCAUUUCUGAUUGCUCUUUUCAAAAUCUAUCAUGAUAAUAUUUAGUGACACCACAACUGUUGGUUGACAGUGGUA